AUGGCGACUCCUAAUGGCUCGGGUGGGCAGAUUGCCAGUGGAACGACUGCCCCGAUGUUUGCUGCCAGAUUCCUGCCCCAUGUUGCGUCAACAGAGGAGCGUGAGAAACACAAGUCCAGAGUGGCUCUUGCCUUGGAUAUUGACCCAGCAAGGAGACUCCUGAAGAACUGCAAGCCUUGGCCUUUGCUUGAGUCCUUACCGAGCCCGUCAUUGCCAGACUUUGAGAAAUAUUCUCCGUUUGUUUGGAAAGAUAAUGCCUGGAGGCGGGCAGAGAAGUACCAGUGGAUUGUUGCAAAGGAGGGUGAAAGGGUGGUCCCGAACCGCCCUUUUCGCAUCCUGGAUGCUCCUCUCCUCCGAGACGAUUUUUAUUGUUCGACAUUAGCAUACUCAUCCAUUUCUGGCAUACUUGCUGUCGGCCUCGGCCAUCGAGUGUACCUAUGGUCUGAGCAUCUGGGUGUGCAGCAUCCGCCACUCAGUGAUCAACACCCCUCAAACUAUGUGACAUCACUUGCAUUCUCCUCAGAGAACGGUGGAAAAAGCAUUUUAGCCGUCGGGAGACAGUCGGGUAUGUUAUCUCUUUGGAGUACAUUCGAUUCUGAUGUCCGGUUCGAGAUAAGCCACCCAGAUUCCAUAACUUGUCUGGCAUUUCGGCCAACAAAAUCCCGGCGGUUAUCCGAAAGGCUCCGUCACCUCGAAGUCGAUGUUGAGGAGCUCGCUGUAGGUGAUGAUCUUGGGAACAUCUGGUACUACUCUGUAGAAUGGCCUGAUAGUGAAGAAUGGGAUGAAUACGACUUCAAUGGAUCCAUGACUCUGAUUGCUAAGAUUUCAGCGCACACGCAGCAGAUCUGCGGCAUCACUUGGUCCCCGGAAGGCUCCUAUCUUGCAACGGGAGGGAAUGACAACUGCUGCUUGCUCUUCGACCUCCAUGAUAUUCUUCCUCCACGGGAGCACAAGCCUUCGUCUCCGGGUCGCACACCACAUCAGUCGCGUCAGUCGGAAGGCACAGAGUGUACCGGCACGUUUACUUGCUUUGCUGCGAGUGCUAGCAAACGGCUUUUUCGGCGGCGCAGUCUUAUAAGUCACCUACUUCCGCCCUGGGCCUUUUCCAGCGCAAAGCCACUAUAUUCCUCUCUCCUCAAUCAUACUGGGUCAUUGAUCUCCGGCGGUGAUCGAACCGUCCUGGUGCCGUCUAACCGCCAAAGACAUCGGCUGGUACAUGGCGCCGCAGUCAAAGCUAUCGCGUUUGCCCCUUGGCAACCGUCUCUUUUGGCUACUGGGGGCGGGUCAAACGACCGAGCCAUUCAUUUCUACCAUGCCCCGACGGGCGCCUGUCUAGCCACGAUCAACGUGUAUGCCCAGGUGACCAGCUUGAUUUGGAGUCGUACCCGACGGGAAAUUGUUGCUACAUUCGGAUUCGCACAGCCCGAACAUCCGUUCCGCAUCGCAGUGUUCGCCUGGCCGAGCUGUGAGCAGAUCGCUGCGAUACCUUGGGGGCCGCAUGGAAGUAGUUGGGACAGCCCUGAAAGCGACAUGAUUGAUUGUGGGCGUGCACUCUGCGCUGUGAGUUAUCCCGGCCGUCCUCGCAACUGCGAAGACCACAGACCGGAUCAGGAAAGCCGUUCCUCUACAUCGAUGGUGAUGCACGACCGGCUAGCUGAACCAAGUCGGAGCGAGCCCAGCCGACGGAGCACGAUUCGGGAAGUUGUACGACCUCGCGCCAAAGAGGGGGGUCUCUGGUGUUCGCGCACGGUGCAAGAAGGCUGUAUCAUCGUGGCUUCCAGCGACCAAAGUGUCAAAUUUCAUGAAGUAUGGAGCGGUCCCAAGCGAGGCGCGGCAGUUGUGGCCGGACCUCUCGGAGGGAGUGGUAUUCUCGAGGGGCUCGAAGGACUGGAGAUUCUCGGAGACGAAAUCAUCCGUUAA